ACAUCUUGUAUGAAGUGGUCAAGACUAGAAUAAUAGACUCAAUUGGGGGUGGAUUAAGAGUGCUGAAGCAAAAAUUAAUAAUACAACUUCUGUAUUGAAUAAUUAACUAAUAUUUGAGAGUAAGUGCCGGCUACCAGCCAAUGGCAAAGACUAAAACUUCUAAUGAGACAUACACAGAAUGAGCUAUUAAUGAUUUAAGAAUAAAAUGUUAUUUGUAAUUCAGAUUGAAAAGAAAUAUAAUAACAAAAAACAUACAAUUUAUUCACGCAGAUUCUGUAGAAGGUGUGAAAUAAUUUCUUUAUAAAAUGACCACACUGGACCUAAAGUAUAAUGAACAUUUAACUCAUCUCAAUUAUGGUCUGUGUUCACUGCUUGCAAAUGCCUCCAAUGCAGAUGUCACACUUGCAGUAGAUGGAAAAUUCUUCAAAGCCCAUCAAACUAUCCUUUCCAUAUUUAGCAACUAUUUUGAGGAGUUAUUUAGAUGCAACCCAUGUCAACAUCCAAUAUUCUUUUUGAAAGAUGUAAGCUACCAAGUUAUGAAAAGUCUGUUAUGUUUUAUGUAUGAGGGCAAAGUACAGAUUCUAGAAGAACAUUUCCAAGAUUUUCUGGCAACAGGAAAAGCAUUAAAAAUUAAAGGUCUAGCUAAUGUCUCAGGAUAUGCAGAGCAAAGAAAGCAAUUGUCGUUAAAAAGAUCACUUGAUAACCCACCCACAAAUGAGAAUAAGUUUUCAUCUAGAAAUGAUCAUGAAGCUGCUCAUUCUGCAAAGAAAUGCAAGAGUUCAGUAGAAGUAGAAGUUUCUCACACCUCAAUAUGUGAAGUGAUGUUGGAAUCUCCACCAGUUUAUCCAACUCAUGAGAAUAAUAUUGGACAACAAAGUUAUGGGGUAAAAGCAGAGCCAGAGGAGAUCCCAGAUCAAACUAUUAUUGAAAAUGUCCUAAUAGAUCCUAAUCAAUGUUCAUCUCAAGUGGAAACUCUUCAGUCUGAUGAUGAUGAUAACAGUUUUGAUAUCAAGGUAGAACAGGAUUAUGAAAACUUUAAUUUUCAAGAUGAAGAAGACAGUCUUUUGGUUCCUCAGGAAUCUUUAAAUGAUACACAAACUGGUUCAAAUGAAACCGAACUAACUUCAAGCUCUGCCGAAAAUACUUUACCUGCUAAAUCAAAAGCAAGAUAUGAAAAUCACUACAAUUGUUAUUCUCAAUGGAAAGCUACAAAACAAGUAACAAAAACCACCGAAAAUGUUUUGCAUGCUUAUGUUUUGGAGAGAAGUAAAGCAAUAUGUUCUGCAUCGUUAUGGUCAGAGUUUUCAAUGUUGAAAUGCAUGCUGAAAAUAAAAGAAAAUAUUGAUAUUGGGCAGUUUCACAAAGUUCAGGCAUUUUUAAAACAAAACUCAAAAGGGUAUGCACCGAAACAAACAAAAACUCUAAAUGAUACAGAGUGCCAACAGUUUUUAAAAGAGGCUCCAGAUUCGAAUUAUUUAAUGAUGAAGGUUGCUUUAAUAAUGGCUCUUCACGGGGCAUGCACUCGACGCGAGUUAACAAAUAUGGCAUUAGAAGACAUCAAAAUAAUGGCUGAUUGUUUGCUGGUGACAAUUCCCGACAGAAAGAAUUCGCCAACUACUUUUAUUAUUACUGAUGAAUCAAUUGAUGGUGUUAAUGAGAUACAAUUAUUUAAUCAAUAUCUUGCACUACGGCCAUCUCACACGCCGCAUAAUCGUUUAUUUAUUUAUUAUAAGGGUGGGAAAUGUGCAAUUAAUCCAGUUGGUAAAAACACAUUCGGGCAAAUUCCUUCAAAAAUUGCGGAAUAUCUAAAAUUAGAUAAUCCUAAAUUAUAUACAGGGCAUUGUUUUCGACGUACUUCUACUUCACGUUUGGCAAUUUUAGGUAAAUAGAUGUAAGUAUUAUAUAUAUAUAGACAUUUUAAUUAGGUAUUUAAUUGUUUUUGAUUCCCGAGGGAUUAUAAUUGGGAGUAAAUGAGGCUGCCUAUUUUA